AUGGCAGCACGGGGAAGGGAUGUGACCCAAAAGGGCGCGACCCGACGGCGGGGAGAAAGGGGGUCUCCCCUCAGCCUCUCCUCUCUCCCGCAGGUGUCUCCGGAGCAGGUGAUCCUGUCCCACAGCCCGCUGCGGCUCUUCAGCCAGUUCCACCACAAGUGCGUGCUGGUGGCCGGGCAGGGGCCCGUGGAGGAGAACGCCCAGAACCUGGGGUUCAAGCAUGUGGUCACUAUAGAGGCACUGAGGAAGGCAUAUCCCCUGUUGGACAUGGUGGAUCAGAGCCGGAGGCCGAAAGAGCUGCCUCCUCCAACCACUGGCUUCCCCACUAUAGAAGGGGUGAUCCUGUUUGGUGAGCCGGUGAGGUGGGAGACAAGCCUGCAACUUAUUAUUGAUGUGCUCUUGAGUGACGGGAACCCUGGGGCAGAGCUGCAGGCUAUACCAUACCCCCACCUGCCUGUCCUUGCCUGCAACAUGGAUCUCCUGUGGAUGGCCGAAGCCAAGAUGCCCAGGUUUGGCCAUGGCACGUUCCUCCUCUGCUUGGAGAACAUCUACAAGAAAGUGACGGGCCGGGAGCUGAAGUACGAGGCCUUGAUCGGCAAGCCCAGCACAGUCACCUACCGCUAUGCCGAAUACUUGAUAAAACAGCAGGCAGAGAAACAGGGCUGGAAGUCUCCCAUCCGACGCCUCUAUGCAGUUGGGGAUAACCCCAUGUCCGAUAUCUAUGGGGCAAACCUCUACAACAACUACCUCAAGUCAGCUCACCAGAACCAGGUCCAGACUGAGGUGAAGAGGAGCCCGCAGGCAGGCAGUUCCCAAACCGAGGAUCACCUCGAGCUGAGGAAGGACUGCAACAGUUCAGUGGAGAGUUGCGAGUCGAUUCUGGUCUGCACUGGGGUCUACCGCCACAGUGCCGAUGCUCCCAGUAAAACGGAGGAGAGCACGAUGGAGACAGUGUUCCACGGCCAUCGGGACUUCUGCUUUGACCCCAGCCUGGUGGGGGCAUCUUACAUAGUGCAGGAUGUGAAUGAUGCCUUGCAGGUUGCUUUCGAGAAGGAAGGCUGGAGCUAG